AGGAGACCAAUUAACUGGGGACACCUGGCCGCAGCCCCAGGUGCUACUUAAGCCCAGCUGCCCGGAGUCACGGGGCCUUCACGACUCUCUCCAAGACUGCUGUGGGGAAACUCUCGCCGGGAUCCUUUCCCCUCGCCCAUCCUCUCAUUCUUUGUGUGUUUUUGGUGUUGCCACAAUAGAUGUGCCGUGGUUUUUGGAAACCCUUGAACGUCUCUCUCUCUCUUUCCUUUGUCGCCUACGAGCCGGUCAUAACACAAGCAACGAAGAAAUUCUUCGGCAACCUCAAGUGUUGUUUUUGUCAACACACCCGUGGCAGUACUGAAAAUAGAAACUUGAAGUUGGUCUUGGGACAACAAAGGAAUUGUACAGGUUCAUAGCAUGUGUGUAGCUUAAUGAACCGUGAUUACGAUGAAGACUUUAUCUUUCAAAAUCACCUCGGACCACUUUCUGCUGUGUCUCUUCCUGAGUCUGCUUUGGGGCAUCACUGAGACGACCACUUCAUCAACAAUCCUUACAACAACAGAGAAUCCUCCCCGUAAUGCAGAAGGUUUCCAAACAGUUACACAAACAGAGACCAGUAUAACUCUGGGGUGGAAAAAUGUGCAUGCAACCUUCAACUAUACACUUGUGUUCAAUGGAACGGAGAUUAAUGUCAUUGCAUCAGCUGAUCCUGAAGUGAAACAUACAAUCCCAGAUCUCACAAGUGGAACUAAAUACAACUUCCAGCUCUUCACUGUGUUUGAAUAUGCCAAAAGCACUGGAGUAAACCUCCCUGCAGUCACAGCUCCCCGUAAUGCAGAAGAUUUCAGAUCAGUUGAACAAACGGAGACCAGUAUAACUCUGGGGUGGAAAAAUGUGGAUGCAACCUUCAACUAUACACUUGUGAUCAAUGGAGAGGGGAUUAAUGUCAAUGCAUCAGAUGAAACUGAAGUGAAAUACACAAUCCCAGAUCUCACAAAUGGAACUAAAUACAACUUCCAGCUCUUCACUGUGUUUGAAUAUGCCAAAAGCACUGGAGUAAACCUCACUGCAGUCACAGCUCCCCGUAAUGCAGAAGGUUUCAGAUCAUUUACACAAAAUGAGACCAGUAUAACUCUGGGGUGGGACAAAGUUGACGAUAUCCUCGACUAUACACUUGUGUUCAAUGGAAAGGAGAUUAAUGUCACUGCAUCAGAUGAUAUUGAAGUGAAACACACAACCUCACAACUCAUCAGUGGAACUAAAUACAACUUCCAGCUCUUCACUGUGUUUGAAUAUGCCAAAAGCACUGGAGUAAACCUCACUGCAGUCACAGCUCCCCGUAGUGCAGGAGGUUUCCGAACAGUUACACAAAAUGAGACCAGUAUAACUCUGCGGUGGGACAAAGUUGAUGAUAUCCUCAACUAUACACUUGUGUUCAAUGGAAAGGAGAUUAAUGUCACUGCAUCAGAUGAAACUGAAGUGAAACACACAAUCCCAGAUCUCACAAGUGGAACUAAAUACAACUUCCAGCUCUUCACUGUGUUUGAAAAUGCCAUAAGCACUGGAGUAUACCUCACUGCAGUCACAGCUCCCCGUAGUGCAGGAGGUUUCCGAACAGUUACACAAAAUGAGACCAGUAUAACUCUGCGGUGGGACAAAGUUGAUGCAAUCCUCAACUAUAGAAUUGGGCUCGAUGGAAAGGAGAUUAAUGUCAAUGGAUCAGAUAAUACUGAAGUGAAACACACAAUCUUACAACUCACAAGUGGAACUAAAUACAUCUUCCAGCUCUUCACUGUGUUUGAAUAUGCCAAAAGCACUGGAGUAAACCACACUGCAGUCACAGCUCCUCGUAACACAGAAGAGUUCAAAUCAGUUACACAAACGGAGACCAGUAUAACUCUGGGGUGGGACAAAGUUGACGAUAUCCUCAACUAUACACUUGUGUUCAAUGGAACGGAGAUUAAUGUAAUUGCAUCAGAUGAAACUGAAGUGAAACACACAAUCUCAGAUCUUACAAGUCGAACUAAAUACAACUUCCAGCUCUUCACUGUGUUUGAAUAUGCCAAAAGCACUGGAGUAAACCUCACUGCAGUCACAGCUCCCCUUAAUGCAGAAGAUUUCAAAUCAUUUGAACAAAAUGAGACCAGUAUAACUCUGCGGUGGGACAAAGUUGACGAUAUCCUCGACUAUACACUUGUGUUCAAUGGAACGGAGACUAAUGUCCCUGCAUCAGAUGAUAUUGAAGUGAAACACACAAUCCCAGAUCUCACAAAUGGAACUAAAUACAACUUCCAGCUCUUCACUGUGUUUGAAUAUGCCAAAAGCACUGGAGUAAACCUCACUGCAGUCACAGCUCCCCUUAAUGCAGAAGAUUUCAGAUCAGUUGAACAAACGGAGACCAGUAUAACUCUGGGGUGGAAAAAUGUGGAUGCAACCUUCAACUAUACACUUGUGAUCAAUGGAGAGGGGAUUAAUGUCAAUGCAUCAGAUGAAACUGAAGUGAAAUACACAAUCCCAGAUCUCACAAAUGGAACUAAAUACAACUUCCAGCUCUUCACUGUGUUUGAAAAUGCUGAAAGCACUGGAGUAAACCUCACUGCAGUCACAGCUCCCCUUAAUGCAGAAGAUUUCAGAUCAGUUGAACAAACGGAGACCAGUAUAACUCUGGGGUGGAAAAAUGUGGAUGUAACCUUCAACUAUACACUUGUGAUCAAUGGAGAGGGGAUUAAUGUCACUGCAUCAGAUGAAACUGAAGUGAAAUACACAAUCCCAGAUCUCACAAAUGGAACUAAAUACAACUUCCAGCUCUUCACUGUGUUUGAAUAUGCCAAAAGCACUGGAGUAAACCUCACUGCAGUCACAGCUCCCCUUAAUGCAGAAGAUUUCAGAUCAGUUGAACAAACGGAGACCAGUAUAACUCUGGGGUGGAAAAAUGUGGAUGUAACCUUCAACUAUACACUUGUGAUCAAUGGAGAGGGGAUUAAUGUCACUGCAUCAGAUGAAACUGAAGUGAAAUACACAAUCCCAGAUCUCACAAAUGGAACUAAAUACAACUUUCAGCUCUUCACUGUGUUUGAAUAUGCCGAAAGCACUGGAGUAAACCUCACUGCAGUCACAGCUCCCCGUAGUGCAGGAGGCUUCAAAUCAUUUGAACAAACGGAGACCAGUAUAACUCUGCGGUGGGACAAAGUUGACGAUAUCCUCCACUAUAUACUCAAUGGAACGGAGAUUAAUGUCCCUGCAUCAGAUGACAUUGAAGUGAAUCAAACAAUCUCAAAUCUCACAAGUGGAAGUAAAUACAACUUCCAGCUCUUCACUGUGUUUGAAUAUGCCAAAAGCACUGGAGUAAACCUCACUGCAGUCACAGCUCCCCGUAGUGCAGGAGGCUUCAAAUCAUUUGAACAAACGGAGACCAGUAUAACUCUGCGGUGGGACAAAGUUGACGAUAUCCUCCACUAUAUACUCGAUGGAAAGGAGAUUAAUGUCCCUGCAUCAGAUGAAACUGAAGUGAAACACACAAUCCCAGAUCUCACAAGUGGAACUAAAUACAACUUCCAGCUCUUCACUGUGUUUGAAUAUGCCAAAAGCACUGGAGUAAACCUCCCUGCAGUCACAGCUCCCCGUAGUGCAGGAGGCUUCAAAUCAUUUGAACAAACGGAGACCAGUAUAACUCUGCGGUGGGACAAAGUUGACGAUAUCCUCCACUAUAUACUCAAUGGAACGGAGAUUAAUGUCACAGCAUCAGCUGACAUUGAAGUGAAUCAAACAAUCUCAAAUCUCACAAGUGGAACUAAAUACAACUUCCAGCUCUUCACUGUGUUUGAAUAUGCCAAAAGCACUGGAGUAAACCUCACUGCAGUCACAGCUCCCCGUAGUGCAGGAGGUUUCCGAACAGUUACACAAAAUGAGACCAGUAUAACUCUGCGGUGGGACAAAGUUGAUGCAAUCCUCAACUAUAGAAUUGGGCUCGAUGGAAAGGAGAUUAAUGUCAAUGGAUCAGAUGAAACUGAAGUGAAACACACAAUCUUACAACUCGAUAGUGGAACUAAAUACAUCUUACAGCUCUUCACUGUGUUUGAAUAUGCCAAAAGCACUGGAGUAAACCACACUGCAGUCACAGCUCCCCGUAACGCAGAAGAGUUAGAAUCAGUUGGACAAAAUGAGACCAGUAUAACUCUGCAAUGGCGGAAAGUGAAUGCAAUCCUCAAUUAUACACUUGUGAUCAAUGAAAGUAUGAUAAACGUCUCUGCAUCAGAGGGACUUGACAAAGUGAAAUAUGCAAUCUCAAACCUCACAAGUGGGACCAAAUACAAUGUCAGUCUCCUCACUGUAUUUGAAAAUGUCAAAAGCACUGGAGUAAAUUACUUUGCUGACACUGUUCCCUCAACAGUGGAUUCUGUCAAUGUGACUGAACGCUCUGUGACCAACAUAACCCUGAUGUGGCAGAGAAUGAAAAAUGACUGGGACUACCGGCUCGAAAUGAAUGGGGAAAAUAGAACAAUCCUCCAAAGUAGAACCAUGGAUGAUGUGUCCCAUUCAAUCCCAAAUCUCGAGCCUGGAACAGAGUAUCCAUUCAGAGUCAUUACACUGUUCUCUGGACUCAGCAGCAUUGCUUAUGAAGGCUUCACAGUAACAGGCAUAGACUGUGCAAAUGGAAACUGGAAUGUAACUACCUCAUCGAUCCAAGGAAGGGUUAGAGGUUUGUUCUCAAGUGCACAAGCCAGUAACACAUCAACCCCAAUUAAUGGCAGUACUGGAAAUAGCAGUGUGUCAUUUUCUGGACUUUACCCUGGCGCGACCUAUAAUGUGACCCUUCAAUAUGAGAAAAAUGACACGACAUUUGAACAAUGUAGACACACUGUGACAAUCGUUCCUCCGUAUUUAAGAUCUUCAUGUGAGUACUCUGCAGCCGGCUAUUCUAUGUCCAUCAUCUGGAAUAAACCGGAAGGUAUCUGGACUUCAGUGGAGGUGAACGUCACCGGGAAAACUCCUAAAAAGCUUGAAAAUGGGGAACAGUCUCUGGACAUUUCUGGAUUCCUACCCGCCAGAAAAUAUGAGGUGUCUAUAGCUUCAGUGUCUGGGGAUGUAAGAAGUGAUAAAGCAUUAGUUUUUUCGUGUCUUACUGAUCCAAGGGGAGUAAUUGCUGGGUCAUUCUUUGCUGUUCUGAUUUUUGCGGUCCUGGUCUGUCUGGUUUUCUUUAUUUUUCUAAAAAGACCGGAUAUUAUCAGCAGAAAAAAGCAAUUUAUUGGUGCUUCCAGACAAUCCAAAGAAAAGAGCAAAGCUAUUCCUGUGGCAAAGUUUCCAGAACAUUUCUACCAAUUAGGCGUGGAUGAAAACAGAGGUUUCAGCCAGGAAUAUGAGAGCUUCAUUCCUGUUGGCACCGACCAAACACGAAAUGCAGCCACUCUACCCGAGAACAAACCCAGGAACCGUUUCAACAAUGUUCUGCCAUAUGACUGGUGUCGGGUGAAGCUAGCUACUCCCAAUCCCAAUGGAAACUCUGACUACAUUAACGCCAGUUACAUGCCGGGUUACAACAGCAGCAAAGACUACAUUGCCUGUCAGGGUCCUCUGCCCACAACAGUCAAUGAUUUCUGGAGGAUGAUCUGGGAACAACGAGUGAGAGGCAUCGUUAUGGUAACCAAUUGCACUGAAGGAGGAAGGACGAAGUGUGAGCGGUAUUGGCCUGCAGACAGUAAGCCUGUGCCUCACGGAGAGCUGAUAGUAACCCUUAGGUCUGAGCAGCAGGAGCCCGACUGGACUUUGAGGGAAUUUAGGGUGAAAAAUAGGAACAACUCAGAGGAGCGCACAGUGAAACAUUUUCACUUCACUGCCUGGCCUGACCACGGAGUCCCUCAGGGCACAGAGGUGCUGAUCCAGUUCAGAGGACUGGUGAGACGGCACAUAGAGAGAGACGGGGCUGGAGCACCAACUGUGGUUCACUGCAGUGCUGGAGUGGGGAGGACAGGCACUAUCAUGGCCUUGGAUGUGCUGCUUCAGCAGCUAGAGAAAGAAAGAGCGGUGGGCAUCAAUGGCUUUGUGCACAAGAUGAGACUGAGUCGCCCACACAUGGUGCAAACUGAGUCUCAGUUCGUGUUCCUGCACCACUGCAUCAUGGACUGCCUGCAGCCCCAUGAGAAUACUGAAGAGAACAUCUAUGAGAAUACUGAAGAGAACAUCUAUGAGAAUGAAGACACGAUAUACGCCAACGCCACUGCACUCCGAGAGUUUCAACAAAAAAACAUAAACUAGACAACUUGACAGUACUGAUCAUCAUUCUUUUAUGCACUUAUAACUAAAUCUACAUGCUAUAUUUUUGCUAAACUGUAAAUAUGAACAGGUGAGCCUUUAUAUUAAUAUAAAUUCAUAGUAAUCUUUAGAUUUUAUUUAAUGUAUAACAUUGUGUUCAUCUUAUCAGCUUAAUGUGUAUUAUUCUUGUUAUUAUUAUUAUUAUUAUCAUGUGAGGGAACAAUAUGAUGACUGAAGAAUGUUUUCGCAUUACAUUAAUUAAAAACGAAAUGUUGGUGGAAAAGAAUGACUUUCUAUUUGUACAAGAAAUAAAAUAUUUUUUAUUAACAAAUA